AUGGAUCAAACAGAUAAGGAAAAGGCGGACCCUACAGAGGUCGUUUCUGAUGAGAAAACAGAGAAGCAAUUUGCCAAAGGAUCAGGCAAAUCACCGGAAGAUGACAAUGAGCAGGGUAAGGGAAGCUCUCCCUUGAAGUCUGCUGAAGCUGCGAACGAGGAAAACUCUUCGAUAAAUACCGAAGCUAAGCGUAAGACUAGUGAUACUUCAAGGACAGAAGAAGGAGAUGGAAGCAUUAGAGGAAGUGGCGAUGAGACGAGGAAACAAGAAAACCCGAUUUUGGCAGAGCUAAAGGAGGCAUUUCCAAAUAUCGAGGAGAGGUACAUCAAGGCAGUAAUAAUUGCGUCCCAGGGUGUUUUACCUUCUGCUUUUAAUGCUUUGCUAUAUUUAUCUGACCCAUCAUUUGAAAAUGAGGCCGAGUUGCCUAGCCAACCGGUUCUUGUACCUUCUGCCAAGCAGCAGAAUCUACAACAGUUACAGCAAGAUGAACUAUUAGCUCGCAAAUUGCGUGAGCGCUUCAACAGGGAGACGUCGCUUCAAGGCGAGCGCCCAUCGCGACACCACAGGGACUCCCGCAGAUCGCAGAAUCGCCCCAAGCAUCGCGGCACCACUGCCUCCGACGACGAUGACAGUCCUGACGAGUUCAUCGAGACCAUAAACCGCGGUAUCCAAGAAACCUCGAAGAAAGUUACCCAAUGGUGGGAUGGUCUAAAGAAAAAUUGGGCCGAGGAGAAGGAACGCUUGGAGCGCAGCCACCACCAGACCUCUCGUUCCCAGCGCGACACCCGUCAGCGCUUCAACUCAUUCGGCGAAAUGAUCGACGACGAGGUCAUUAGAAACGACAGUCCUCGCGAUGCCUCUCGAGACCGUGUUAUGAUCCAAGAUAACUUCGACGACGAUGAAGACGAAAACAACGCCCCUCGCAAGCUACCUCCAAGACCUAGGCAGGCCCAGCGCCCUGUUUCGAAGGGCGAUACUGACGACGAAAAGCCAAGCUCUCAAACACGCCUGUGGCAGCCGCUCCCUCCUGCGCCAGCUAGCGCCAAGCCCAUCAAAAUUAGCGCUAAGGGAGACACCGGCCGUGCAUCUUCCAAGGGCAAGAAGGGCGACCCCGAUCAAGAUGAGUUUCUAAUCAACAGCGAUGACGAACUAUAG